CGCAUAUACGCUCAUAUAAAUCCCCGACGUCGUUCCGUUUCUGCAGUAUUUCUUCAUUGGAAAAAGCGAAAGAGGAGAGGGACAGAGAGAACAAUCAAAAGGCCAAAAAAGAGGAAGAAAAUUGAAACCCAAGUCUGUGACAAAUGCAGGUGACAGCACGGCCACGUGACGUCACGCCGGCCUGAGAUCUCCAGCUGGGCUUCGACGGCGAGGGCGAGGAAGACGGGUUUAUGAAAUUCCCAGGUAUGGGCGGGUCGAGCCCCACGGCUGCUGCUGCGGCGGCCGGCUCUGGAGGCGGGAAUGGUGGCGCCGGCGGGAGCUGCUGCGACAUGAGCAUGCGGUGCUGGUGCAGGUGGCGUUGCAAGGAGCACCAGCACUGCCAGCACCGCUUGAUAUCGUCUGGGUUGCUUUUCUUCUUUGGUUGCUUUGUGGUGUACGGAGCGCUUGCUACGCUCUAUGCGUGGCUCGUGUUCUCGCCGCCCGUGCGUCCGCCGGCGCUGGCCGGAUCGAUGCUCGGGUGCCAAGAGGACAAUGAGGGGUCCUGGUCCGUGGGUGUGUUCUACGGGGACUCUCCUUUUUCUCUCAAGCCCAUUGAAACGAUGAAUGUGUGGAGGGACGACAGUGCAGCGUGGCCGGUGGCUAACCCUGUGUUGACCUGUUCUUCGGUUUCUGAUGCCGGCUUCCCUAGCAAUUUUGUUGCUGAUCCUUUUCUUUAUGUUCAGGGUGAAACACUUUACCUCUUCUAUGAAACCAAGAAUUCAAUCACUAUGCAAGGAGAUAUUGGAGUCGCAAAAAGUACUGAUAAGGGAGCAACGUGGCAAGAAGUAGGCAUUGCCUUGGAUGAGGACUGGCAUCUCUCUUAUCCGUUUGUCUUCGACUACCUUGGCCAAAUUUAUUUGAUGCCCGAGAGUAGUGGGAAAGGGGAACUCCGUCUUUACCGUGCACUUAACUUUCCUUUGCAAUGGACACUGGAUAAGGUCAUCAUGAAAAAGCCCCUUGUUGAUUCCUUCAUCAUCAAUUAUGAUGAGAAGUACUGGCUUUUUGGUUCAGAUCAUAGUGGUUUUGGUGCCAGCAAGAAUGGACAGCUGGAGAUCUGGUAUAGUAGCUCACCUUUUGGUCCUUGGAAACCACACAAGAAGAACCCUAUAUAUAAUACUGACAAGAGCGUGGGGGCUCGAAAUGGAGGGAGACCCUUUUUCUACAAUGGAAACCUUUAUCGUGUUGGCCAAGACUGCGGUGAAACAUAUGGGAGACGAGUACGCAUCUUCAAGGUAGAAGUUCUAACAGAUGAUGAAUAUAAAGAAGUUGAAGUCCCCUUAGGCUUUGUAGAGCCUAAUAAAGGCCGUAAUGCUUGGAAUGGUGAUCGGUAUCAUCACCUUGAUGUGCAGCAGCUUAGUACUGGUGAAUGGAUUGGGGUUAUGGAUGGAGACCGCGUACCUUCUGGAGACCCAUCCUGGCGGUUCAUUCUUGGUUGUGCUUCAGUUGCAGUUGUUGCUGUACUUGUUGUGCUGCUUGGUGUGCUACUUGGAGCUGUGAAGUGUAUUAUUCCCCUGAAAUGGUGCAUCCAUGACUUGGGAAAGAGAAGUGAUGCUUUCUUGGCCUGGGAAAGAUCAAAUCUGUUUUCUUCCAAAGUGAGGCGGUUUUGCAGCCGCUUAAACAGAGCUCCUUCAUCUAUCCGAGGAUGGAUAAAACCUAAUACCUGUUCUGGAAGACUAGUUGUCGCGAUAAUAUUUACAUUUGGAGUUGCACUAAUGUGCACAGGUGUUAAAUAUAUCUAUGGGGGCAACGGUGCUGAAGAAUCUUACCUUUGGAAAGGUCACUACUCUCAGUUCACAUUAUUAACAAUGACGUAUGAUGCAAGGCUCUGGAAUUUAAAAAUGUAUGUGAAGCAUUACUCAAGGUGUUCUUCAGUGCGAGAAAUUGUGGUGGUGUGGAACAAGGGGAUACCUCCCGACUUGAGUGAUCUGGACUCGGCGGUGCCAGUUAGGAUCAGAGUAGAGAAAGAGAACUCGCUAAAUAAUCGGUUCAAAAAUGAUUCCUUGAUAAAUACCCGUGCUGUUCUUGAGCUCGACGAUGACAUUAUGAUGACUUGCAAUGAUAUUGAGCGGGGUUUUAGGGUAUGGCGUCAGCACCCAGAUUGUAUUGUCGGAUUCUACCCCCGGCUCAUUGAUGGAAGUCCAUUGAAGUAUAGGUGUGAGAAACAUGCCCGAAGACAAAAGGGGUAUAACAUGGUUCUUACAGGGGCAGCUUUCGUUGAUGCUCAAGUAGCCUUCAAUAUGUACUGGGGUGAGGAAGCCAAGAAAGGGAGGGAACUGGUGGAUAAGUACUUUAACUGCGAGGACGUGCUACUAAAUUUCUUGUAUGCAAAUGCAAGCUCAUCCAGGACUGUAGAAUAUGUGAGACCGGCAUGGGCAAUAGAUACAUCAAAGUUAUCUGGUGCAGCCAUUAGCAGAAACACAAAAGAGCAUUACAAGGUAAGAAGCAAAUGUCUUCUUAAAUUUUCGGAGAUGUAUGGAACUUUGGCAGGCCGGAAGUGGGAAUUUGAUGGUCGGAAGGAUGGUUGGGAUCUAUAGUGACAAAUAAAUCUUGACACCAGCUCACUGACUCUUCCCUUUCUGAUCUUCCUUCUCUCAUCUUGUAUCAAUUUUUGUUACUCCUUUCUUCUUUUACCCCUGCUGUGAAUUGUGUUGGGGGAAAUGUCAGGUUUCAAUAGCUUUCGUUUGCAAAAUGUAUAUUGGUUUUGUCAUAGUUUUUUAUUUUAACCCCCUUGCUCUUUUCUUUCUUUCUUUGUGUUUCCCCUUUUUGAUUUUGUGAAAUUGAUCAAAUAUGGGUUCAUUGGAAAA